CUCAAUCAUUCGAUCAUUCAAACUUUGCAAGUUUUAACAAAGUUGUUCAGUGAAUUUGAGUUGUACUUAUAUCAAUUAUAAUAACAAACACAAAUGUAAUUUAAAAUUCUCAUAAUUUUUCUGUAUAUUUGAUGUAUUAUGAAAUGCUAAGAGAACUGGGAAAAUCCUUUUUUGAUUCAUUAAAUUUAGUUGGAUAAUUUAUAACGUUACUCUCUUAACAUAGUUACAAUACGUCAACACAACAUUUUCUGAUAAAUUAAUUUUAGAAUAGAAUAGAAAAUAUAAACAUAUCAAGACAAUAGGAUUAAACUCACUAGUCACUAUUAUAAAAAGUAGCAAUUAAUAAACCAUUUUUUUCAUUAGUUGCACUAUAAUCUAUCGAUUGUAAUUUAUAGUAGAUUUAAAGACGGCUGCACUAUAAAGAGAAUGCCAGAUAUACCUAGUAUAACAUAAUAUACUACGGUUAAAAGCAGUCUGGCGUAAAUUUAUAAAAUUAAAAAAUUAUACAAGUAACAUAAACUCAAAGUUAGUUCUUAUAAUAAUAGCGUUAUAUUGCUGUAUAUAUAUAUUAUGUGGUAUAUUAUAAUUUACUAUAUAGGUACAUAAGUACAUGACAUCAUAAUUAUAAUUUAAAAACGCGUAUGUUUUCAUCCUGUUUCAGACAAUAUACUAUGUUAAAAUAUAUGUUAGAUCGCUGAUAAUAUACAAUAUGCCUAACACAUAAUUCAGAGAGUAUUCAUAUAAGUCUUCGAUUCGGAGUCAGCUGAAGUAGUUCAUUACAAUUUAGACUAUUUAUGGAAACCUGGGGUAAUUGGACAUUUAGUAAGGAAAACGAAGAUUUGUUGACCGGAGUGUUAAACAAAUUUGCCUCGGAUCAAUGUAGCUUAGAUACGCCGAAAAAAGUCCUUUUGUCGUCCUUGGCCGCUUCAUCGAAAACUGUGCGAGUUGAAAUAUCCAGUUCGAGCAGCGACGACAGUGAUAUUGACGGAGACUUUAACUCCGUUCAGACGUGUUUUCCGAAAUCCAGCGCAGACGCGUCGAAUGUAGAAUCUAAACCUACAGUGGCGGUCGUCGACGACUUGCAGCUUCAGCCUGCCUGCAUCGGCGCCGCCUUGGGUAAUUUCAACGACGAAUCUUCCUUCCUGCCAAGUCAACCGCAGGUGGAAGACCCGCAUGAAAACGCAAUCAAACAAAUCGUCGAAAUGUUAAACGCCGGAGACUACGACGCAGGAGAGUUGUUAUCCGCGUUGCAGACCGAGCGAAGCAAUCGAAAAGACGUGUCGGAGAUAAUCGGGGACGUGUGGCCGGAAAUUGUCACUGACAGAGCUCGCCACGGUUUUUGCGAAGCACUUGUCCAGACCGACGUAAAGCCGCAAAUAAUUUGUGAAGAGAUAUAUUUACCCUGGUUCAAAACACGCGAGUCGAAUUUGACUGGGUUCGUCGACAGUCUGUCCAAACUGAUCGUCCACUUUUCAGAAUACGCUUGCAAAUCAUUCCUUGUCAAAUUGCUGAUAGACAAAGAAUCGAUUCUGGUUAAACAUUUGAAUUGGCUCGUGGACAUCAUGCAGUCGCUCGACCAACAACAUUGGUGUAUUCUUUUAAACGAAUACUUAAAUCACUGCGAAGGCCUUGAUCAGUAUCAAAUACCAGUUUUGUUGCACUUGGUGAACAAUUGCCAGAAAAGCCUAAACAACGUCGACGCCGAACGUCUGGUUGGGUUGUGCAGAAAUGCGGCCCAUGGACAUUCUUCUAACAGAGACUUUGGGUUAUUGCUAAUGUCUGUGAUCGGAGCUAUCGAUUUGAGCAAAUUUCGAUCGGAAAUAACGACCAUAUGCGGGCAACUCAAAGGCGUUUCGAAGUUUAUGAUCAUGAAAGCUCUAAAGGAUACAAAAUAAAUCAGUAUACCUAUAUUUGGUGUACAAUUUAUUUUUUAUUCCCUUAUACAUUGUACUUAAAUUAAAAUGUUUUUAUAAUAUUAUUAAAUAAUUUAUGUAAUUAAUUGUUUUGCGAUUAUAUCCAUAAUCAGGUAUAUGUGCAUGUAUAGCUUGGGUCGCAGCACUAUAAAAUUAGUAUGCCCGAGAAAUUUUUGUCACAGAAUAUAUGUAUUGUAUAGCCUGGUCA